CGUCAGCCAGGUUUGGAGUCAUCCGCGCUUUGAGUUUUAUGCAAAUGAUGUGGCAUUGCUUAAGUUGAAAUCUGCCCUCGCGAUCACCCCUACGGUGAUGCCCAUCAAGCUUUCGUAUGACGACAGUCCUUUGACGAAUGGUGGUGACGUAACCAUCUGUGGUUGGGGCAGCAUGAGUGCCUCUGGUACCAGUGCCUCAGCGUAUUUGAUGGCUGCCACUGUCGAUUACUUACCCAAUAGUUGUGGCAAGUACAAGAAGCCGGAUACGAACGAGUACGUGUCGUCGUUGAUGGUCUGUGCAGGCUGCCCGAACGGCAAGGUAGACACAUGUCAGGGCGACAGCGGCGGUCCUCUUACGGUCGUCUCCGCAUCGAAGGGUUGCCCCAUUCUCGUCGGCUUCACCAGUUUUGGCGAAGGAUGUGCUGAUCCCAAUUACCCUGGGGUGUACACGAGAGCGAGCUCGCAAGUGGCUUGGUUGGAGAAACAGGCAGGCAGAGUUUUCCACAGCCAGUACGCUUUGGCGCCGACAUCGGAAUGCGACACGUGUGCUGGAUGGAACAAAGGAAAAUGCGGUCUUGCUCCCGCCUUCGAUGGCAGUGCAUGCCAGACAGAGGGCUACCUUGCGUCCGCGUUUCAACUCCGGCUGAAAACCUGUUCGAAGGCUAACAGACUUGCUGCAGGCGCAUCUCUUCCCGUGGAGGCCUUAUUCAACCCUGCCAGUUUUGGCAGUUUCAAGCCUGGGGGUUAUGUCUAUUUCCUAAGGGCCCAGUCUGAAGGGUCCAGCUCGAUCCAAUUAGAGGGGGUAACGGUUACCGUACCCUUUAAAGGCCCCGUGGAGAGCAGAAAUGGCACUUCUUUCCAGAACUACUGGCGUUUGUUCUGGUUGCCGGAUGCCGACGCACCCAACAGGACCUGCAGCGAUUACUUCGCUUAUGCUGCAGCCUUCAUAUCAUCUGACAAAAAAUUCAUCCAGGUCACCUCACCGGUACGUCCAACCCCUAGACCUUAAAUCGACAUGUACAUCAGAGCCUCUUUUUGCCGAGAUGGACUCCCCCUGCGCCGAGCUUUUGGCUGGCUCCAAGCCUCUGAAAUUUUUGCGCGAUUUCGGUUCCCAAGUUGUCCUACUAGGCGAUGCAAUGGCGAUUUAAUAUCCUCAUCUUGAUCCUCCUCAUUCUGAUCGAUUCCUGGUUCUUAUUGCGGAGGUGGUGAUCUUGAUCCUACUGGUUCUGUCGUAGAGGCUGUGACCUUGAUCCUGGUUCUAUUGUAGGACUCUUGACUUCAAUCCUGGUUCUAUUGUAGAGGUGCGGACCUGGAUCCUCGGAGUCCAUGGUUCUAUUUCUAUUCUAGAUUCCGUGACCUUGGUUGUGCUUCCGUUGUAGUGGUUUAGAUUUUGAUCCUGGUUCUAUUGUAGACUCUGAGGUUUUGACGCCGCUGAUCCUGCCCAUAUCCUUGAUCCCAGUGCUGGUCCAAUCACAAUCGGUCUGACCCUCACCAGUGUAUCUGACUCUAGAUAUUGAUCUUAUUCUUGAUCCUCAUCUCAUUCUGAUCCUGGUUUUUAACUUAUUCUAUAGAGGUUUUGACCUUGAUCCUGGUCGUAUCCUUGUAACAGUUCCUGAUCCUGGUCUGUUCGUGGUCCGACAGUCCUGAUCCGAUCCUGGUCCUAUUCUUGACCCUCAUUCUGAUCCUGGUUUUUAAUAUAUUCUAUAGAGGGCUUGCCCUUGACCCUGGUCGUAUCCUUGUUCCUGAUCCUGGUCUGUUCAUGGUCCGACAGUCCUGAUCCGAUCCUGGUGCGACUUCUUAAGCGAAAGUCUUUUUCUUUUUUUUGUUUUGUUUAAUUUCAAGCUCAGGUUGUUGUAGAGGCCGGAUUCCAGACGUACGGUGGUUGCAAUCUUCUGCCACCCGUUGGUCAUCCUGACAAUUACUACCUUUGUGAGGCCACCUCCAAACCCACCUCUCAAUAAGACUCCUAGCGCACGCCUUAUCCCCACUAUCCUACCUCAGUGUGAAUCACUCAGGACUAUCAUCCUUCCAUCUUGGAGGGUGACUUGGGCCAAAUAGCAGGUACAGGCACCAAGGCUGGGAAGGCUAGUGCCCACGGACAAGUCCGGACAGGCCAGGCGGAUCCCAGAUGAGCCGGCGUGACUGAUAGCCCUACCCAGCCCUGGUUGAAGCAGAGUCGGACGACCCUUGUCGUGCGGGAACUCUGGACUCCAGGCUCAAGCAUUCGUCCACUACGCCCCAAUAGUCAGAGGUCCUAGUACCCGAACAGCAGUAGGAACAACACCCACCGGUGCCGUAUUCGACCUUUUUUUUUCUUUUCUCUUUUUUGAAAAACAAGGCUCUGAUCUUCGUGGCGAGCAGCACGUGCGCGGGCCUGGAACCGGGCCGCGCGUGUGUGUCCUAUUUGACCUACCGGCUCCUACUGAAGCAUGUACUAGACACCCCUGACCCUUCCUAGCAUGGCAUUGUGACGGUGCCCCGUAGGCAAUGUGUGUGGUCA